AUGUCGUUGAAACAGGAAAUCGAGACUUGGGUCGAGGCCCUCAAGUACUACGACAACAAUGAGUUCGACGAAGCGCUCAAGUGGUUCGACAAGAUUGCGGAUACAUCCAAGAUCCUGUUCAACAUGGGCGUCAUCCAUGCGACUCUUGGUCAACACGAGCAAGCGGUUGAGUACUACCAACGGGCUAUCAAGUGCGACCAGUAUCUCGCAGUAGCAUAUUUCCAAGAAGGAGUCUCUAACUUUCUCCUCGGCGACUUCGAAGAAGCCCUCGCGAAUUUCAACGACACCCUUCUCUACCUCCGCGGCAACACGCUGAUCGACUAUACGCAGCUGGGUCUGCUGUUCAAACUCUACUCUUGCGAAGUUCUCUUCAACCGCGGUCUCUGCUACAUUUAUCUCGAGCAAAUGGAGGCUGGCAUGCAGGAUCUGCAGUUCGCAUCCAAGGAGAAAGUAGUCGAGGAUCACAGCGUGAUUGACGAUGCAAUUCAAGACAAGGCAAAAGGUUACACAGUCUUUUCCAUUCCAGUGUCCGUUGUCUACAGGCCAAACGAGGCAAAGGUCCGGAACCUGCAGCAAAAAGAUUACCUUGGAAAAGCCAGGCUAGUUGCUGCGUCAGACCGUAACAAUGCCUUCACAGGCUUCGCGGGCGCCGAGUUGAAGAAUAACUCUCCGAUCCAGCCCAAAGAUGAUCGACCAGCGGAAGCCCUCUCGUUCGCCGCCAGCAAUCUCGUUAAGCCUGGCCUGCAAAGUAGGAGACAGCAAUCCGAGCCGCCCACCAACCGCAAUGUCUUCCCUCCGACACCGCCUCCCGAAAACGACAAGCCCUCCCAGAUGAGCCGCGGCGCCUCGGUCCGAAAUGGGCCCAAGCCAGUUCCGAGCAGGCUCAACCUCGAAAAGGUCAAGUCCAAUGAGCGCUAUGAAAAGACAUCCCCCGAAGAUGGACAGCGUCCCCGCCCAGCUCGCUCCGCGUCUGCCGCCCCGUCGCAAGUGUCGAGGGGCUAUUCUCUGCGUGACGGCCCCAGCAGGAGGAGGAUUGAGGAAGAAGAUGCCUAUCCGGAUGAGCUAUACGACAUGUACCAGGGCGGCGGCGGGUCCCGGAGUAGCAGGUCACAAAGGAGCGGGGGUGGCCGAACACGGGAACGCUACAUUGAGGAAGAGGAGGAAGAGGGCAGCGACUACGACGACGCCUCGUUCGAUGAGGGCGAGUUUGAGAUUGUUUCCAACCGCAGGCCGGGAGGAGCAGGCUCCCUUUCCAGCGGCUCCAAGCGGAGCUCGUCGAGGCGGGAAGUCCUCCGCACCGUCCGAGUCAAGGUGCAUGCCGGCGACGUCCGCUACAUCAUGAUUGGCCCCGCCAUCGAGUUCCCCGACUUUGCGGACCGCAUCAAGGACAAGUUUGGCAUCCGGAAGCGGUUCAAGAUCAAGAUCAAGGACGACGAUUCGCCCGAGGGCGAGAUGAUCACCAUUGGCGACCAAGACGAUUUGGACAUGGUCAUGAUGACGGUCAAGCAGAACGCGAGGAAGCAGAGGUCCGAGACUGGGAAGAUGGAGGUCUGGGUUCAAGAACUAUAG